AUGGACAAGCUGCCCAAGUGCGGAGCCAACUAUGUCCCCCUCUCACCCGUCACCUUCUUGGAGAGGGCCGCCGCCGUUUACUCCGACCGUACCUCCCUGGUGUACGGAGGCACGCGUUUCACCUGGAGGCAGACCUACGACCGAUGCCGCCGCCUCGCCGCCUCCUUCCGUUCUCUCAACAUAUCCAAGAACGACGUGGUCAGCCCUGAAGUUCCCUCCCCUCCGUCCGAGCAUCAGACAAAAGAUGUUCAUGAACCGCGAAGUUCAACGUCCAUCUGCUGAUUCUCCUCGUUUUCUUUUUCUGUUGUCAGGUCUCCGUUCUUGCGCCCAAUGUGCCGGCACUCUACGAGAUGCACUUCGCGGUGCCGAUGGCUGGCGCCGUGCUGAACACCAUCAACACUCGCCUCGACUGCAGGAACGUGGCCAGCAUCCUGAUCCACUCCGAGGCCAAGGUCUUCUUCGUGGACUACCAGUUCUCGCGGCUCGCAAGCGACGCCCUCAGAUACCUAGCCGAGCGGGGGCCCUCGGACGGGUCGUCGCUCCCCCUGCUUGUGGUCAUUGACGACGUCGACGCCCCUACGGGCAUACGCUUGGGAGAGCUGGAGUAUGAGCAGCUGGUGGCAGCUGGCGACCCGCGCCAGCCGGUGCACUCGCUCGACGACGAGUGGGAUCCCAUCUCGCUUAAUUACACCUCAGGAACGACCUCAGCGCCCAAAGGGGUCGUGUACAGCCACCGGGGGGCUUACCUGAGCACCAUGAGCCUUCUCUUGCAGUGGGGGGUCGGCUGCGAGCCCGUCUAUCUCUGGUCCCUCCCUAUGUUCCACUGCAACGGGUGGACCUUCACCUGGGGCGUCGCCGCCCGUGGGGGAACUAAUGUGUGCAUCCGCAACACGUGCGCCGCCGAUAUGUAUCGGGCCAUCACCGAUCACGGGGUGACUCACAUGUGCUGCGCUCCCACGGUGUUUAACAUCCUCCUGGAGGCCUCCCCCGACGAGCGGCGCCCCAUCACCGCUCCGGUCAGCGUUCUCACCGGGGGUGCGCCCCCACCGGCGGCGUUGCUUCAGAAAAUGGAGCGGGUAGGAUUCAACGUCACCCACGCCUACGGCCUCACCGAGGCGACAGGGCCGGCGUUGGUCUGCGAGUGGCGACACGAGUGGAACCUCCUGACUCAGGGGAAGCAGGCGGAGCUGAAGGCCCGUCAGGGCAUCAGCGUCCUCACGCUGGCGGAGGUGGACGUGAAGGAUGCCGUGACAAUGGCCAGCGUCUCUCGGGACGGAAAGUCGCAGGGGGAGAUCGUCCUCCGCGGGAGCAGCAUCAUGAAGGGCUACUUGAAGAAUGAGGUCGAAACGUCCAAGGCCUUCAGGGAAGGCUGGUUCUUCACCGGCGACGUUGGGGUUAUGCACCCCGAUGGGUACGUGGAGGUGAAAGACCGCUCCAAGGACGUCAUCAUAUCCGGGGGCGAGAACAUCAGCAGCGUAGAGGUGGAGUCCGUGCUCUAUCGCCACCCGGCGGUGCUGGAAGCCGCCGUGGUGGCGAUGCCGCACCCCAAGUGGGGCGAGACACCUUGCGCCUUCCUCACACUCAAGAAGGGGACUGACAAGGAGAGCGUGGGGGAAAAAGCCAUCAUCUCCUACUGCAGGGAGAACCUCCCACAUUUCAUGGUUCCCAAGAAGGUGGUGUUCGAAGAGGAGCUCCCUAAGACCAACGGCAAGAUCCAGAAGUUUCUCCUCAGAGAUAGAACCAAGACCCUGACGGUCACAGAAACUUGCCACCAGCCGGCUACACCCCGUAGCCAGAAGAGCGACCACCGCCGUGAACGCGUCCAAGAGGAAGUUCUCGCUAUGUCUCGCCUCUGA